AUGAACAGCCAAAAUCGUCGUCGAUCUACUAGUUCAAUAACAUCAGACGAUGAAGAAGAAGAUUUUAUUGAUAAUGAUGAUAAUUCAAAUGAUCGAUCAAAUGGAAAAAAUUCAAAUAAUAAAAAUAAAAAAACUUUAGGUCGUGUUAAAAUUAAGAUGGCUUAUAUUGAUAAUAAAAUUCGACGAUAUACAACAUUUUCAAAACGUAAAACAGGCAUUAUGAAAAAAGCAUAUGAAUUAGCAACAUUAACAGGUACAGAAGUUAUGUUACUUGUUGCAUCAGAAACUGGUCAUGUUUAUACAUAUGCAACUGCGAAAUUACAACCAAUGAUAACAAGUGAAGCAGGUAAAGCAUUGAUUCAAACAUGUUUAGCAAAAGAUGAACCAGUUAUUGAACCGAUUGUUGAUACUCCAACAGCAAUAACAACAUUAAAUGAUAAUGAUGUGAUAUUUAUCGAUGAAAUUCAACGAAAAAAACGAACAGAUACACAAUCUACCGAUAUAUCAAUUGCAAAUCGUCCUAUAAAACGUGCUAAAUUAAAAUCUGUUGAUGAUCUAUCAUCUUCAUCUAAUAAAUCUAUAUCGACUAAUACUCCAAAUUCACAUGUGUUCUCUCCGACACCUCAAACAGCAACAUUAACACUUCCACUUCCAUGUUUUAUACAAUCAAAUUCUUCGCAAUCACAAAUUCAUACAUCUACUACUACAACAAUUCCUUCGGCGUAUACAAUUAAUAUGGAUAGUUUGAAAAAUAAUGGUAUGAAUAUAAUUUUUGCGCCAUCAACAUCGAAUUCAUCUGAUCCGUCACCUCCGUCUAAUACUCCACUUGUUUUAACACUUGGUAAUUUUCCAUAUCAGCCAACAUAA